CAGUGGCCCAGAAAGAAACUGAGCUAAAGAACGGCGCUCUUCAAAGUUAAAACAAAAGUUUUUGCUUAAGAAAGACAAGUGGUGAUAUGAUUUUCUUUUUCUUGAAUUACAUCCAAGGGCCCCUAAGCCAUUAUCUUCAUUGAUUCAUCUUCAGGGAAAUUCCAAUUUUGUGAACGCAAACUUUUGGGUCUUCGAGACUGGCUAGCCUCUUCAGCCAUUGCUGUAAACAUCUGUUGUCAGAAUCCCCUAUCUAUGUGGGGCACAGCAUUAUGUUAUAUUAAAUGGACUGACAUUACAAAUUGCACUUUACCUUCGACAAAUAUAUCCAGAGCUUGGGCUGUAAAAUCUCUUCAUAUUCAUCACGAGACCACUGCACUAAUGAUGGCCUGGCAUAAAGUAACUGCAAGUGGAAAUCAUUUGGAAAACACUGUGACCGAGAGCAUUACCGUCUGGGAGCGGAUUCGUGCUUCAUCUGCCACUAGGUUUUUUCAAGAGAAUACAUUUGGUAAUGCAUUAGAGACGACCACAGUUUUACCUGUACAAAUACAGCUUACUCCUGUUAACUUGAACUUGGAAAAAACCAGUGCUCUACCAACUGAUGCCUCUUCUGUGUCAGGAAAGAUAUCUCUAAUUUGUACCCAAGAAGUUGAGAAGUUGAAUGAGGCAUUUGACAUUUUGCUAGCUUUUUUCAUCUUAGCUUGUGUUUUAAUCUUUUUUUUGAUCUACAAAGUUAUUCAGUUUAAACAAAAGUUAAAGGCUCUAGAAAACUCAGUGGAAAAUAGACUUGAGUAUUACAGCUUUUAUCAAUCAGCAAGGUAUAAUGUACCUAUCUCAAUUUGUAAUACCUCCCCAAAUUCUUUGGAAAGUCCUGGUUUGCAGCAGAUUGAACUUAAACAAAUUGUUCCUGAUAACGAGGCACAGGUCAUUCUCUUUGAACAUUCUGCUUUAUAACUCAACUAAAUAUUGACUGUAAAAAGCUCUGUAGUGCCAUGUGGACAUAAAGUUCAACCCUUCCUAUAGAUUUAUAUACAUUACUUGGAAACAUAAUAAAUUAUGUGAUGUUAGAAUUAUU